AUGGCAAAGACAAAAAUUCCUGGCCACAUCAAAUUUGGCAACCCUACUGCUCAAGCACUAAUUCAGAAACGUAAAGAAAGUGUUGAAAAUCCACCUAUCAAGGAGCUGAACAGACUUGAGGAAAUUGCACGUUACUAUGAUAGCCCUGAAGCAAAACAAGCUGCAACCGAUCUGACGCAUUAUGUUUGCUUUUUGCAGACAAAGAACAGCAGGUCACCCUCAGAGGAAGUCGAAAACAGAAGCAAGAUGCUGAAAAUGCUCAGGAAAUGGACCAGUUGGGAUAAUAUCUGUCGUUUUUUCAAGCGAGUAUGGUGA